AUGGCCCUCAUUUAUGUGGCAAUAAAUCUUAAUGUUGCUGCUGCUGGGAGCAUAUAUGAAGUAACAUGGAUUAGAGACAAGAGGUUACUUCAGAUAAAAGCUAUGAAAACUAAGCAUUAUGUUAACAAGGACCAGUGCAGAUGUACGAUAUUCCUGAAUGGGACUCUGCAAAUCCAGCAGUUGUUAGAAAGCAACAGUGGAAAGUACAAGACUGUUUAUGACCAGGAAGGAAAGUUAAAGAGAGAAGAGGAUACAAUGGUCAUUGUUCAAGAACCUGUCCUUCAGCCAGACCUCAGUGCUGACUGUGUUAAUAAAUCCAUAUGGAAGCAGAAGACUAAGGACCAUAUGUUUGUAAAAGAAACUAUGCAAGAUAAAAUUAAAAAAAAUCAAAAGAAUGCAACAAAAGUGGAAUUUCUUACACGUCAUUCUGGGACGUUCAGAUAUGUGGUAAAGAGCCAGGUCACUGAAAAAGAAGUUCAGAAGAAAAUUGAUUGUCCAGGCCAGCUGGACUUUUAUCUCAUCACAGGCGUAGUAGGAGGUGUAAUUGUUAUCUUCAUGAUUUUGCUAAUUUACUGUACCAGGAAGAAGAGAGCAGAAAGGCUGAAGAAGAUGAGCAACGCUGAACACGUAGUGCCGUUGCUCACGGUGUGA